CGUUAUCACAAUUUACCUCAGGCGCCGAAGUACAUCAUCCAUACUGUAUACUGUACCUUAGGUAGGCACACGUAGGUACUAUAGCAAGGAUUAUUAUCUAAUCUGCAUCGCGUCGCGUGCUCCUGGAAUCUGAACAUCGAACAUCACAGCAUCAGAGUCAAAAAGUCGACCGGAUCCCUCAGUCAAGCCCCCAUCCUAUCCAUUCACAAAGAUCCCCUUCCUCACCAGCCAUCAUGUCCUCCUCCACAACCCCACAAGCGGGCAGCAGUAUUAAGCGCUCUACAUCUGGCAGUCGCAGACCCAUUUCGCGACCAACAACUCCCCUACGCCCCUCCUCGCGCUCCUCUCUGCGCGAGUCGGGCAAGGCCAGCGUAGGAGGCGCAUGCGAUGUCCCUCUUGAAGCUUUUGAGCCCUCUUUUGCGGAGUUAUCUGACUCAAUGGCGGAUCUGGAGGCGAACUUCAUGCACCUGCAAUUGAUGCAUGAGAGUUUGGCUAGAUUCAGCGAGAAUUUUGCGAGUUUUCUAUACGGGUUGAAUAUGAAUGCUUUUUGCGUGGACUUCCCGGAGGCGCCAAUUCCUGAUUCUUUCCGGAGAGCGAGAGAACAAGAGGAGCAAUUGGGCCGAUCAACAAAUUCGGAUAGGUUUCACGGCGAGAUUGAUGGAGAGACAACAUUCUUGACAACGGAUACAUCCUUCGUUGACAAUCCUCCCGCCUCCUCAAAAGCGACUCCAAAGUUUGCGACACCUGCUCCAGCUUCGCGCAUCGCAAGUCGCGGUGGGAUUGCGCCAGCAGGAAGAGGAGGAGCGGCUCGUGGUGGGCUCCGAGGUACUCGUGCUAGCGGUCUCGCAAGAGCAAGAGGCCGUGGUGUAAGGUAGUGAAGAUACCCCCAGUAACUCAUCUGUCUUCCCGCAAUGAUGGCAAGAUUCGGCAGCUAUUCAACCAUUUGGGCAGGAAAAUCCGUGUGGAGGAUUGCCGUGAGAUUUCAAGUUGCCACUCCAUCAUUCAUCUCCACUUCCACAUCCUCUGUAGUGUCCUUGGCCGCCUGUCGAGGCCCAUUAUCCGUCCUCAACCCAAUCGCUGCCUCGGCUUCCUUCUGUGUAUAGGGUUCAUCCUUCAACGCUUUGACUCUUCUCUUGUGCGUGCUGCCUUUCCGGUGGCCAACCAGACUAUACUCGCUCUCGAAC